GGUACUUUUCUUUCAGUUGUUUUCAUUGCUUCUUUUGGCGCGUUACGUGAAGACUGAAUUUGCAGAUUUUGUCGGUGUUCAUUCGGUCAAGUUGUUGAUAUCACAAAUUGUAUUCAAUCAAGGAUCUAUUUCGUAAAGAAGACGUUAUUUUCACAAAGGACCUAAUCGAAGUCAUAAAUCAUGGCUGGUGGUAAAGCUGGAAAAGACACUGGAAAAUCUACCAAAGCGAAAGCUGUAUCACGAUCUGCCAGAGCUGGAUUACAGUUCCCUGUUGGAAGAAUACAUCGGCAUUUGAAAAACAGAACAACGAGCCAUGGCCGUGUAGGAGCUACUUCUGCUGUGUACAGCGCUGCAAUUCUGGAAUAUUUGACCGCCGAAGUGUUGGAAUUAGCGGGUAAUGCGUCGAAAGAUUUGAAAGUUAAAAGAAUCACGCCUCGACAUUUACAACUGGCGAUCAGAGGAGACGAAGAAUUAGACAGUCUUAUCAAAGCUACUAUUGCAGGAGGCGGAGUUAUUCCCCAUAUUCAUAAGUCGUUGAUCGGAAAGAAAGGAAACCAAAAGCCUGCCUAAAUAUAGUAUAAAUCGUUUGUGUCACUGUCUUAAGUAUAAGUUCACUUUAUUAGUGUUUUUCUUUCGGAUUGAUGUGUGUUUAGUGUAAGAUUUUCGUGGUGGAUUUUAGCACGUGAAUUAUGUAGACGUUAUGUUUUCCUGUUUAAGCUUAAGAACCUAUUUUUAAGAUUUUCUUACGUUUUGUAUUUUGUUUGAUCAUUAAUAAUUUAAUUUUUGUUUUGAUAUUAAGCUGAAGCCAACGCUGACCUAAUAAGUCAUGCUCUAUUUUAUGAUAUUCAACUCUCAGAAUUGACUCAAACGACUUUGGGUUUUAUUGCGACGAUUAUUUUCAGAAGUUAAAUUCGUAGACAAAAUUUCUAAUAGACUUGAAUUUUAGAAAGAGAAUUGUAAUAGUUAUAUAAAUUGCUGAUAUGUUUAAUACAAAAAUAUAGGUUAUUUUUUCACAUCA